AUGGACAACGGCCAUGAGGAAAGACUUGCAGAGAGGUUUUCAGGAGUGGGACUUAGAGAAUCUUCUGGUUCUCAUGAAAACGAUGUUAAGAACGAUAGCUUGUUUCAGGUCAUUAAAGCUGUUGAAGCUGCAGAAGCCACAAUCAAGCAGCAGGUGGAGGAGAAUAAUCUCUUAAAGUCUGAACUUCAGAGAAGAUAUCUGGAGCUUGCCAAAUAUAAAUCAGGCGAAUCCUUUCCCCAAACAUCUGAUCUAGGAGAUCAUUCGAAUACUACCACUGGCGGGUCUUCCCCAUUGCACCAGUCUCCCGCUAGUCUUAAUCCAGUUGACCGGAGGAAAGGCAUGAUCAAUGCUUCAGCUGCUGAUUCAUCAGGUAUGCUGGUUAUUCACCAACAUGUGCAUCCAAAUGGAGAGGAAGCUAUUGUGAGUAAUCGUUCUGAAGACCAUUUGGAGGGAAUCAUGACCAAUGGCAUUGUCAGAGGAGCAGUAGGUGGUGGGGUAGCCUCUCAUUUUUCUUCUUCGCCAUCUACAAUAUCAUUAUCUCCUAUGAGACCGCUAUUGGAAGGAGGUCGUGACUCACAUAUCAACUCGUCUACUCAUGAGUUGAUGUCAGUAGGUGAAGUAAAUAAUUCGGGGAAUGCAUGGAAGCAGGAGCUCAUUCACAAGGUCCAGGAACAAGAACAAGAGAUUGUGCGGUUGCGAAAAUAUCUUGCUAAUUAUUCUGUCAAGGAAGCCCAAAUACGCAAUGAAAAAUAUGUUUUGGAAAAGCGUAUCGCUCACAUGCGUUUGGCAUUUGAUCAACAGCAACAAGACCUUGUUGAUGCUGCAUCAAAGGCUCUCUCUUACAGACAAGAGAUCAUUGAGGAAAAUAUACGCCUAACAUAUGCCUUACAGGCUGCAGAGCAGGAGAGAUCUACAUUUGUGUCGUACCUGCUGCCUCUUCUUUCUGAAUAUUCGCUGCAUCCACAGCUCUCUGAUUCCCAGUCUAUUGUUAGCAAUGUCAAGGUUUUAUUUAGGCAUCUGCAAGAGAAGCUCCUUCUUACUGAGACAAAGCUAAAGGAGACAGAGUACCAAUUAGCACCUUGGCAGUCAGAUAUAAACCACUCAAAUGCUUCGCCUUUUUCGCCGUAUCAGCCUGGUUUGAGAUACGCAACAGAUCCGGAAAACCAUCAUCAAGACCGGCGUGAUGGCUCAGCUGCGAGUAAUUACCCUCUUGAUGGCCCUGAGAGUAGGUCGCCAGCCUUUCAGAUGCCUGUGCAACCAGCACUUAGUCAAGAUGAGUCUCAUGGACUAAGUAACCGUGUUCAGUUUCGGGAGCCUCUCAGCAAUACUUUUAUCGAUGAUGUACAAGCAGAUACAAAUCAAACUUCAGAUAAUUCAACUUAUGUGGCCGAGUUUGAUGAUCCUAGCCCCUCCAAUUAUCCCAUUUUGCCCCCAGUUCUUGAAGAACCAUCUUCAUCAUUUUCUGAGGCUGCAGACGAUGAUCCGUUGCCAGGUAUAGCAGACCUACAGAUAUCCGGAGAACCUUUUCCUGGACGAGAGAUUCAGGCUUCUGGUCACUCCAUCAACGGAACGACAAAAUGUAAUUUUGAGUGGGUGCGGCAUCUGGAAGAUGGAUCAGUGAAUUACAUUGAUGGAGCAAAGAAGCCAAAUUAUCUCGUCACUGCUGAUGAUGUGGAUUUAUACCUUGCCAUUGAAGUUCACCCGUUGGAUGACAAGAACCGCAAGGGGGAGCUUGUGAGGGUCUUUGCCAAUGACAAUUGCAAGAUUACGUGUCAACCAGAGAUGCAUAGCCAUAUAGAGAAAUGUCUUCAUAACAGUCAUGCGUUAUUUAAGGUUUCCUAUGCGAUUGGUUAUAUGGAUAUAUGGGAAGCAGCUACGUUAUCUAUUAAGAAAGAAGGCUACAGUAUCAAACCUAGCAAUGAUCCUGUAAUUACAGAGAAGUUCUCUUCUUCUACGGCUGUUGUGAUUCCCUUUGAUCAGCCUGCGGAUUUUGUGAUUAUUGGUACUGAUGGCGUGGAGCAUCUCUUUCGGGUGGAUAAUGAUGGAACAGAUCUUAGCUGCUCAAGAGAUACAAUUGUGCUCACCCUCAGAUUAUUUAUUAAGAAGGCUCUGCAGAGAAAGAAGGGGAAGAAAAAAGGAUUUUUGUUUAACAUUUGA